AGUUCUGCCCACGGAGCGCGCGGAGUUCGGCGCGUUCUGCCCGGUGCAUCCGGCCCGCAGCACUGCCCACAGCACUGCCAGCGGAGAUCGCACCGCACCGCACCGCGCCGCACGCUCUGCCCGCUUCUGCUCGCACUGGACACAGGUACCAACACCUCCCAGCCACGAUGGGCUGCCAGGAGACCGAGUACCUGGAUGAGCACGGGAAGUGCGUGCCGUGCAGGAGCUGCAUGCCUGGGCAGGAGCUCUCCAAGGACUGUGGUGAUGGUGUGGGGGGGGAUGCACAGUGCAUUGCUUGCCCUCCCAGGAAGUUUAAGGACAGCUGGGGCCACCAUGGCUGCAAGACCUGCCUGUCCUGCACCCUCAUCAACCGCAUCCAGAAGUCCAACUGCACAGCAACAGCCAACGCAGUGUGCGGGGAAUGCCUGCCAGGGUUUUACCGCAAGGCACGGCUCAGUGGGCAGCUGGACUGGGAGUGCAUCCCCUGCACCAAGCAGACACCCUCCUCUGAGCCCCAGUGUCAGUCCAGAACAAACCUGGUGAAAGUGGCAGUUCCCACCGUGCCGCCACAGGACACAGCCCUGCUCGCCCUGACCAGCAGCGCCCUGGUCAUCAUCGUGCUGGUGCUUCUGGCCCUCUCCAUCAUUUACUGCAAGCGGUUCUGGAAGAGCCAGUGCCAGCGAGUUUUCCUGCGGACGCAGAACUUCUCAGGCCAACGGGCGAUGUUCCCCACCUCAGCAGUGCCCGGCAGGUUUCUUUGUGAGGAGCAGAUGUCCGGCCCCUGCUGCUUGGGCAUGAAGAACCUCAGCCCCUGCUACAGGCAGACAGAAGGACCAGUGGAAGCAGUUCAGUUCAUUUCAGAGGGAGAAGCCAUCGGUCUCCAGCUGCCACCUGCCCAGCCUGAGCUGGAGCUGCCACCGGCUGUGGCGGGCAGUCCUGUACCCAAGGGCCAGCUGGCUAGGAGCAGCCUGGAGAGCCAGCCACUGAUGCGGGGCUGUGCCGAGCGCCGGGCCACCACCAUGACCCCCUCUGACGUCAGGUCGGGCACAGCAGAAGCCCUGGCCCCACUCUCCUCCUGUGCCUCUGAGAUGCAGCACAAGUGGCCGCACACCCCGGUGGAGUGCACCGAGCUCGACCUGCAGAAAUUCUCCUCCCAGAUGGAGUUUGUGAGCAGUGAGCGAUCAGAGGAGGCGGGGACCCGGGCAGCCCCCAAGGAGAGUGGCAGUGCGGCACUGGAGGCCAACAGCGGGCUCAGCAUGAGCCCGGCGAGGGGCAUGUCCACGGCCAUGCAGAGCCCUGCCAUGCAGAGCCCUGCCACUGAGAGCAGGGAGCGGCAGGUGAAUGAUGCUCAGAGCCUUGUGACUCAGAUCAGCAGUACAAUGAAGGGUCUCCCUGUUGCAGAGCUGCCCCAUUCCUUGGUGCAGUCACUCGCUUUCUUGUUAGACCCUUCCUUGAACGGUGUGAAGAACUUCAGCCACGUGGCUCUGGAGCUGGGAGUCAUGCCUCAGUUGCUGGGCCACAUUUCUGGAUUUGAGCAGCUCGUUGCCCACCUCACCUACUCAGGAGACUCCGUCACCAUCCCCCGGCUGGCCCAGGCUCUGCAGCGACUGCAGCGCUUCGACGCCCUGCUCCUGCUGUGCGACCACUUUGCUCUCAGCCAGAUCCAGGGCCGCCAGUGCUAGGAGAAGGCAGGGAAGGGACAGAGGAAAUUGCAAGCACUGUGUGUACUGGUACGGGAGAGGAUCUGGUAGCCCUGUGGUCACAUCAUCUCCCUAACGUGCAUGUGGGAAGUAUAUGGAGAUGGUCUUUGUAUUGUGGAAUAGAAGCAUGCAGGCAUCCUUCCUUGGUGAAGAGCAGAGGAGCUGGGGAGGUGACAGCUCCAUGCAUUCUCACAGCUCUCACUCCUGCGGGAGGCUGUGCUCAGCUCCUGCAGUUCUUUUUUCUUCAGCUGUACUUACACCCAUGUCCAGCAGCAUAGCAAUGUCACAGUUGCUGUGCCGGUCGGUGUGUAGUAAGCCUCGUCCUUUGCGAGUUGUUGGUGCUGGGAUCAGUUCUGUGUGGACCUUGGUCAUGCCAGAUCUCUUUCCCAGCUCCUUCCUCUUCCUUCCUUGCGUGCAACAAGCCAUGAGGGUCUCUGGAGGCCUCAGGGUGUCUUCCACACCAACAGCUGAUAUUUGCUGACUUCUCCUCAGUUGUGUACUGGUCACAGACAGGGCCAACAAUCACUUCUCUCCCAUUCCAGUUUGUCAGAACUUUUUCCUUUGGCCCAUACUUUGUUUUUCUGGAUUCCUGUUCCUACUUUGUGUUGAAUAUCUGUUCUCUGCUCUCUGUGCACUGGAGAUGCAGUUCCUGGAGGAGGACCUGCACUAUCGUCACUGUGUGGCUGGGGGUCACGCAGUCAUUCUCAGUGCCACUGCAGCAUUUGGCAUGUUUAAAUUCAUUUCCUUUACUUGAAAAGGUAUGGUUUUCUUAAAGGAGCACAGUUUUCUUAAAGUACCAGAAUACUUUGGUGUGGGUUUGUGUUGGAUGCAGCGUUGUGCUGCUCCCUGCCCAGGGCAGUGUGUUUGCUCCCUGGUCUGCUGGUGACCAGCUGUGCUGUGAAGUGCAUCCACGUGCUGCUCGCUCGGUGUGGCUCUGGCAUUGCUGCAGGGUGCAGUGGAGUGCCAGAGGCCGGGACCCUUCACUGCCUUCUGCUGCAGCACAGGGUGCAGUUGGUGCCUGAUCACUGGUAGGCACGUUGGGGCUGGCUGGAGACCGAAACUCAUGACCGUGACUGCACUGCAGGGAGUGCAGGAGUUCCUGUGCCAAUCACAGCAGAGCAGGCUUAUUUUAUGUUGGUAUUUUCUUUCUUUCUUUCUUUCUUUCUUUCUUUCUUUCUUUCUUUCUUUCUUUCUUUCUUUCUUUCUUUUUUUUUUUUUUUUUUUUUUUUUUUUUUGUCUGCCUAAAAAUGAGUUAAUUUUCUCAUUUGUGUAAGUAGCUGUUAGGGAGGGAACACCCUUCUACAUUUAAUUUGCUCCUGAUGGAUUUGUCAGGGCUUGUAGCCGUUUGGCCUGUGUGAGACUCCCCACGAGUUUGGGCGCAGAGCUGCAGGGCAGCUUGCAGGGCUGGUGGCUGCCUCCCUGCUCUGUACCUCUGGCAUCAGGAGCUCCCUGUGUCAUAGGGCUUCCAGGGGGCCUUCUGACAAGUGGGUUUAUGUCACACAGCAGAGUGACUCGGAGCAGGACGCCAUGCGCUGCCUUAGGCAGCAGUGCCCACACAAGCCCCUUGAUCCAGGAUUUUUGUCGAGGGCAAAUCCCAGCACAGCAGGCGGGGAGUGGCCCUGUGGGGGCGGGCGGAAUGCAGGGCCCCGUCAGCUGGGGGAGAUGCCCGGCACGCGCCCGGCCCCGCCGUGGCGGGGAUGCCUGUCCCAGCAGGGAUGCCUGCACCGCUGAGGUCAUGGUGCAGCAGCUGGCGGGAGCUCACCUCCCUGGCUGUGCUGUCUGAGCCAUCACUCAGGUUCUCUGAGCUGAGGUCUUUGUGCCAUGCCCAGCUUCAGCAGGUGCUACGAGGCCAGGCUGGGAGCUGGUUGCUGCAUGGUGGGCAGGAGGUGCUGGCCCCCAGCUUCCUGCCAAUUGCAUCGGGACAAUGCGGCGCUGAGCCGUCUGCCUCUGCCCACGUGUGCAUAUGUGUGUCUUGGUACCUGCACCUCGUGAGCUCGGAUCUUGAGCAUCUCAGUGCUCUGACCAAACCAUGCUGUUAGUUGAUAAACCCGGGGAUUUGGGCAGCAAGGUGACCUUGAGGCACUGAUGGGAGGCAUUACGCUGGUGCUCACUGAGCCAGGACAGCACCCAAUCCUACUGAAGAUCGGAGUGUGAAGUGCCUUUAGGUCAGGGACCUGGGUUUGGCUUCUCCAGUGAUAUACCAGGGAAAAUGAACCUGUCUUGUUUCACCCCUCUUUCUGCACCAUUUUGUGCCUGCUGAGUGCAUUUCUCUGCCUGACUUUGUCCCCUUGCCCUGAUCUUGCUGCUUUUACACAUGGGGGCCAGUGGACAUCUCGGGCCAUUUCUGUCCUUCCCGGUGCUGCUGUCCCCUUGCAGCCUCUGCUUGCAGCCAGGUGGCUGUUGGUCCUGAGUGUCUGUGCCCCAGGGCCCGUGGGACACGCUUGCUGCGUGUCAUGUCCUUGCUGAAGGCUGCAGCUGCCUUUGAGCGCUGUGUCCUUCCCCUCGGAGCCGUCUGUGCUGUUCCUGGCUGCUCCAGCGGCGCGGUGGUUGCCAGCAAGUGGCACUGUUCCCCUGCCGGGGCAUCCCCAGGCUCUGCCUCUUAUCUGACCACAGUGCUUGGAGAAAGUGCACGACUUUCUGGGAACACAGCCCUCCCUCAGAUCUGCCCAACAACAGUAUUAAUAGAUGUUCUGGUUUGUUUUUUUUUUUUUCUCCCUUUCUCGUGUUAAAUGCUGUUAAGACUUGAGCGUGCUCAGGAUGUAGUCAGAUAAUGGGAGGCAUGGACAGCUUCACUGGCUGUACUGUUUUCUCUCCCGCUGUUUCUAUCUUCCAGAGCCACGGUUGUUUCAUUGUUCUUCGCCUUGUGAGAAACAGAGAUGUCAGUCAGACCUCACACCCUUUGCGGCUGGGGCUAACCAGGCUCUGGGAUGUGCUUGUUCUGUUACAGAGCCAUCAGGGAAAGCAUUUCUGGUGCAAACACAGCCCGGUGACCUGGGCUAAACUUUUUUUUUUCAUCUGAGGUUCAUCUGUAGCAAGGAGGAGGUAUUGGAUUAACACUUAACAAAUUCAGAUAUUUAAUCUCUGCAGACACACUUCACAAAGAUGAGUUUGCCUGUUUGAGCAGGAGCGAUCAUGCAGCUGAGCUAUCGGCUGUGGCUCUGGAGGUGAAGCCAGGCUAGUGCCUCACACUGUGCCCCUGGAGCUCCUUUCUCUGCCCUGUGGUGGGGACCAGGCUGUGGCUGCUGCCCCUGCAGCACUGCAGUAAAUUGAGAACAGAGCAGCUGAUGAGAGCACAGCAGUGCAUGCUGCAGAGCCUCACAGGGGCGGUGGCUUCUGUCCCUCGUGCCCACAUUGGGCACUUCUGUUGAUGUAGGUGGGCUCUGGACAGGAAAAUAUUUGUUUUUUUCCUUCUUCAAAGAAAUCAGCCCCAUUCUCAUAGCUUUUAAGGGGGACUUUGAUAUUUUAGCUGUUUGAUGCCUGAGCAAUAUCGCUCAUGUUCAGAACCUACCUCUGCCGUGGUGCUGAGGAGGCGGCACGCAGGGCCGGUCGCCGCAUUUUAGCUGUUUUAACUUUAUAACUUUUCACUGUGUUUGUUGUCCCUGGGCCAGCUGGGGCCACUCAGAGCUGCUGCGGUGUCACUGUGAGCCGCCGCGGGCGGUGCUCCAUGUCUGCUGCAGUGCUCUGCCAUAGGGCUGUGUAUGGCCGCCAUCAAACUGUGCUGGCAGCAGGCUCACAUCAGAGCCUACAGGGCUGCUCCUCACCGCCUGGCUGAAGUCCUCAGAAGAGGGGGACCACAGAAGCCCAAAGACGGGGCCAUGGGACUGCAGCUUGGACACAGGCAGAUGGCGGCCAUCGCUGGGCAGGUGGGCGAGCGUGGAUUUCUUUAUCUGGGAACUGUUAGGCUUGAUACUUGACUUCUGAUUUUUCUCCUUAAUAGUAUUUUCAGCACAACAAUUGGAAUGUAAGGGAAGGAGGUUCCCAUAGCACUGGAUCUUGCGUUUCAACUUCAGGAAGCUGCUGGUGCCAAGCUGGCACAGCUCAAAGAAAGUUGGAAGAAUUAAAAUAAUUCGGCAUCUGUGCAAACUUUAGUUGGGACUGAACAAUGGAAACACUCUUGGGCAGUGGGAUUUCUGCAACAAGCAAUUGUUGUGACAACAGUCUUGUCUGGAAGUCUGACCUACAGAAGAAUUUACGCGACGGGUUUCAGUCCAGUGCUGUUCUGAAAGCUCCUAAGCACACACUUAAAGAUAGGCAUGUACACAAAUCCUAUUAAAGUGAACAAGUAAUCAGUACAUCCUUGUGUGCUAUUCCUGAAUGGGGUGUGUAUAAGAAUUGUACCUUCGCUGUGCUGUCCCGUGAGCAGGCAAUACUGCAGAAAGCUGUUUGAUCAGUCUGAGCACGCGUUCAGAAGUCUGCAAGUGCUAAGGAGAGAUGCACUACAGUUUGUUUAGAUGACUUAAUGUUGCAGAUUCUGGUGCUUUUCUGAAAAUAAGUAUCGUUCUAUAGCCAUGGUUUACCUCUAGGAAUACUUGGUAAUUUUUAUGGUAGAUGUUAUUUCUUCAAGGUUGUGAAUGGGUUAUUUAUAUUUUUGUAAAUCCUAUGUCGUUAGCAUUAUAAUUCUGAAGGUUAGUUGUUUCCAUUGUGUGUUGGUUUUUUGUUUUUUUGUUUUUAGGGGGGGGGGGGGAGGGGGAAAUGUUGUCUGUAUUCAAAUGAAACAGUAGCUGAAGCUCUUAAGUUUUUGUUUAAUACGGGGUGUUUGUUCCCCACAUUCCACCCAGAUGUGGUGCUGUUGGAUGCUGUGUACAUGUAGACAAAUAAAUCCCAGAGUUGGA